AUAAAAGACUUAAUAAUAAGUUUGUCAGUAAUUUACGAUUGUGAACGUAACUUCACACUUGAUCUCCAGAGGUCAUGCGAGUUGUAUAUGAAAGAGUCACAUGGUAUGAAUAAGUUAUUCUUGCACUAUGGCUACAUCAAGCUGUACAGAUAAUAUUAAAUAUGUGUAUCAAUUGCCAUUUUUUGAACGAUCAGAGCUUUGUAAAAUACUUAAUCAAAAUGACAAGUGGGAAGAACUUGCUGGUACAUGGAUGAAAUAUGAUGUAUUGACAAUACAAAGUUUGAGAAAAGAAAAGAAUCCGAUGGAUGAAUUGUUAACAAUGUGGGGUCAUUACAAUCAUACUAUAUUGGAAUUGUUUAUUCUGUUGUCUAGAAUGCAACAUUAUCAAUCUAUGGUAAUAUUGAAAUCAUUUGUUGAAGAAAAGUUUCAUAAGUUACUUGACAAUGGAGAGGGGAAUCUUCAUUAUAGAGUACUUGGAAAACAUUUGAAUAAAAAUACAAAAGAUUUAAGGAUAGGUACACAGAAUUUUAAUCAGAUCUUGCCACCAGAAUCAAAUGCAUCAAAAAUUAUUGUAGAAAAAAAUGCUAAGAAGGAAUCUCAUAAAAUUUUAAAUCAACCAAUGCAAGCCAUGCAGAUUGGAAUUACUCCAAGUAAUUCUAACAAUUUACUUGUUGCUUCUCUAGCAGCAGCAAAUCCUGUACCAGCUUCUUCACGUGUUUCAACUAGUGGAACGAAAGAUAAUGGUGCCCGUAUGUUUAGAACAGAAACAACCAUACCUCAUGUUCCUUAUAAUGAAUUAACUGUAGCUACCAAAGAAUGGAACACAUAUAAUAUAUUAGGCAAAGGUGGUUUUGGGAUUGUAUACAGAGGUACAUGGAAAAAUACAGAUGUAGCUAUUAAAAGAAUACAGAAAAAAGGCGCCGAUUCAGAUGAAAGUCAUAUACUUCAACUUCAACAAUCUCUUAGAGAAAUUAAGAUUUUAAAUUCUUAUAGGCAUGAAAAUAUAUUACCACUAUAUGCUUAUAGCUUAGAUGGUAAAAUACCUUGUCUUAUUUAUCAACUUAUGAAAAAUGGAUCUUUAGAAGACCGAUUAUCAUUAAAACAUAGAAGUCUACCAUUAUCCUGGAUCCAGCGUCAUGAAAUAGCUAAAGGAAUUGCAUGUGGUUUACAAUAUUUACAUACAGUUGGAGAAAAGCCUUUAAUACAUGGUGAUAUAAAGAGUGCUAAUAUUUUGCUUGAUAAAAAUUUGGAACCUAGAAUUGGUGAUUUCGGUUUAGCAAGAGAGGGUCUAGAUAGAGAUUCUAUGAAAGUAAGCAAAAUUCAUGGUACUAGACCAUAUCUCCCAGAAGAAUUUUUACAUGGACGAAAAUUAUCUACAAAAAUUGAUACAUAUAGUUAUGGUAUAGUUUUAUUUGAAUUAGCUACUGGUUUAUCAGCUUAUAAUGAAUCUAGGUUGGAAAAUAAAUUUUUAAAAGAUUUUAUUGAUAAUUGGGAAGAUAAAAAUAUUUCUUUGCUAAUUGAUAGAAAAGCAGGUGAAAGGGACAAACAGGUUUACAACAACCUAAUAAUUUUAGGAAAAUGGUGUACUAAUCGUAUGGCACAAAAUAGACCCGAGAUGGAUUUUGUGUUCAAAAAACUAAAUGACUUAUGAUCAUGCUUUUAUUUUUUAUGAAUAUUAUAUAAGAAUAUUAUAUUUGUCGAUAAGAAUAGUCUGUAAAUUUACAUGUAUCCUACGUUGUAAUAUCGAGUUUAGUGCAUCAUUUAUGGCUAUGUUCAACAUAAACAUGUAUAACAUAAACAUAUAUAACAAAUUAUUACUAAUUCCAAUGGAAUUUUUGUAAUUGUAUACUAUAAUAC